AUGGGGACGGCGACCGCGCGUGCCGAGAGCGCAGAUCGUAGACAAGCCCAAACCUCCGGUUUCUACACGAAAAGCCCAGAGACUUCACCCCGACUCCACUGCGAGUCCAGUGAGUUUUCCCUUGAGCCGUCGCUGCCUGUAACCCUGACUCCUGUCGUUCAAACUCCCGGUGAAAGGAAAGGUUUGCACCAUUUCAGGCGGUUCUGCUACCGAGGACCCCACGAAUUUCUAGGCAGGCCCCAGGAUCGUUGCCGUCAGUGGCUGAAGCCAGAUGUGCGCACAAAGGAGCAGAUCCCGGAGCUGCUGCUGCUGGUGCUGGAGCAGUUCCUGACCAUCCUGCGGGAGGCGCUGCAGGCCCGGGUGCGGGAGCAUCAGCCGGAGCGCGGGGAGCAGGCUGUCACCAUGCUGGAGGACCUGGAAAGAAAGAGAAAUGCACAAGUUUCCGCCCAUGCUCUGGGACAGGAAAUCCUUUUGCACACAGUGACCCUUCAGAUACUAGAUGAAGAAUCUUCAUGCACAUGGGUUAAGCCCCCAGCAAUCCAGUUCAAAGGCACAGGACCUGAGCCCCAACCAUCACAGAAAGGAGACUGCGGGCAAGCCUUCUGCCAUACUUCAGACCUCAGUGAACGUGAGCAAUUCCACAGCAAAGAGAAACCUUAUGAAUCUAAUGAGUGUGGGAAAACCUUCAGAAGUCACACUGGAGAGAAGCCCUGUAAAUGCGGUGAGUGUGGUGAAGACUUCAGUCAGUGCUCGGGUCUUCGUAAACACAGCUUAGGAGGGAAGCACGGGAACCACCCUGAGCCAAGAAAAUGUAAGUGUGAUGAGUGUGGGAAUUCCUUUACUCAGUCAACUGGCCUGCAGAACCAUAAAAGAAUCCAUACUGGGGAUAAAACCUGCCAGUGGUCUGAGUGUGGGAAGCCCUUCACAAGGGGAGAGCAUCUUAUCGAACACCAGGGGAUUCACACCAAGGUGAAGUCCCAUCAAUGUAAAGAGUGUGGCAAAGCCUUUAGUCAGAAGACGGGUCUGAGUCACUGUCUCAGAAUCCACACAGGAGAGAAACCUUUUGAGUGUUUGAAAUGUGGGCAGGUCUUCAGUUGGAAGCCAGAUCUCAAUAAACAUAAGAGUCUGAGGGAACUCUGA